GUGCCCAUCAGCCUGGUGCGCAACGACGGUGUCAUUUACGCCACUGGAUUGACCUUCACCUACCGGCCUGAACCGGCUCUUCGACAGCACUGUGCCCCUGCCCUUGAACUGAUGCGAGCCGCCGCUCUGGCCGCGGCUGCUGCGGCUGCUGCAAACGCGGUUACUACAGUCGGUCCGGGUGUCGACCUCGGCCUCGGCUCUGCCAGCCAUCUUCAACCGCUUUGCCCACCUGCCAUACCGACAUUCCCAUCCUCGCUGCCACCGCCGUCAGCACCAGCACCGCCCCAAGCGCCGUCACUCCUCAACAACCCUUUGCUGACUACAGGACCACCGGUGACGGAUAUGGUCACAGGGUUCACUGGACAGACCGGGCAUGGGCACGGUUAUGCAGCUCGACAGCUUCUGGGCAACCACAAGAUGACGAACGGCAUUUGA